UUGAAGAUCCGGCGUGGGUUUCUUUUUUUUUUCAUUAUUAUUUCAUUUUAUUUCAUCUCCUUAAAAAGAGAAGAAGAAGAGGGCCAAAGAAGCCUGCUUGGAUGUUCUUCCCCCUUCCUGAGACGUCUAUUUCCGCACCUGCCGUAGAAAAGAACCGGGAGGGGGGCGAACGACAAGGGCACCGAGACGAGAGCGAGCCGGCAAAGGCGCACCAAGAGGCGGCCACCUCCUGAAGGACACACACCCCCCUCUCCUCUCCCUCCUCCUCCCUUUCCCCCUCAAGCAUGCUGCUGUGGAGCAGACUAGUUCUGGUGGCCGUAGCGUGCUCGUCCUUGGCGGUGUCCCCCGGCAUGGGAUGCGGACCGGGCCGGGGCUACGGCCGGAGGAGGCAUCCCAAGAAGCUGACACCUCUCGCCUACAAGCAGUUCAUCCCCAACGUGGCCGAGAAGACGUUGGGGGCGAGCGGCCGCUACGAGGGCAAAAUCACGCGCAACUCGGAGCGUUUUAAAGAGCUCACGCCCAACUACAACACGGACAUCAUCUUCAAGGAUGAGGAGAACACCGGCGCCGACCGGCUCAUGACUCAGCGUUGCAAAGACAAGCUGAACUCGCUGGCCAUCUCGGUGAUGAACCAGUGGCCCGGUGUCAAGCUGCGAGUCACCGAGGGCUGGGACGAGGAUGGCCAUCACUUUGAGGAGUCCCUCCAUUACGAGGGCCGGGCGGUGGACAUCACAACAUCGGACCGUGACAAGAGCAAGUAUGGCACCCUGUCGAGGCUGGCGGUGGAGGCCGGCUUCGACUGGGUCUACUACGAGUCCAAAGCUCACAUCCACUGCUCGGUGAAAGCAGAAAACUCCGUGGCGGCCAAGUCCGGGGGCUGCUUCCCGGCAUCUUCCACGGUGAUCCUCCGGGACGGCUCCACCAAGCCGGUGAAGGACCUCCAAAGCGGGGACAAAAUCCUGGCAGCAGACGCCGAGGGCAAGCUCCUCUUCACGGACUUCCUCAUGUUCAUCGACCGGGACUCGACCACGCGGCGGCUCUUCCACGUGGUGGAGACGGACGCGGGCCAUCGAAUCACAUUAACUGCCGCACACCUCCUCUUCGUGGUCAACAACUCCACCGAGGGCCGCGGAGCUUCGGCGGUGUUCGCCAGCGAGGUGCGACCGGGCCAGGAGGUGCUGGUGCCGGACGGCGAGCGCCUGAGGCCGGCGACCGUGGCGCGGGUGUCCACGGAGGAACACGUCGGCUCAUACGCGCCGGUGACCACGCAGGGCACGCUGGUGGUGGACCGGGUGCUCGCGUCCUGCUACGCCGUGGUGAGCAGCCACGAACUGGCGCACUGGGCCCUUGCGCCGCUCCGGCUCGCCUACUGGGUGUCCUCGGUGCUCUCCGCCGAGCAGGCCGGUAACUCUACGCACGAGGACGGCGUGCACUGGUACUCCAAAGUGCUCUAUCACUUAGGAACGUGGCUCUUGGACCCCCACUUCUUGCAUCCGCUCGGCGUGUCAAGCUGAAACAUGACUUGAGGACCAGACUUUUCCACAAAAAAAUAAUUAAAAAAGAAAUGUAGGACUCUUGAGUAGAUGAAAUAAUAAUAAUUAAAAGAAAAAAAAAAAACUCGACAAGGCCCCAUGCAGGUGGAGAGGAUGAUGGGAUAUUUAUUAUUAUUUCUGUGACUUUUCUAUAUUAUGACGACGACGCGUCCCCUUUUCAAAGAAUGAAUGGAGCCUUAAAAGAGAGAAAGAAAAAAAAAGUUGGAAUAAUUUAUUCUCACAUGAACUGAUGGCUGUGGUGAAAAGUGUGCAUAAUCUAUUUUUGUAUAUGUCCGAUGCAAAACCAACGAACAAGAAAAGACAAAAAAAAGUAAAUGGCAAAGAGAAAGAAGUCAAAGCUAACUCUUGACAGGUUGUAAUGUUCAUAAUGUGCAUAUAUAUAUAUAUAUAUAUAUAUAUAUAUAUAUAUAUAUAUAUAUAUAUAUAUAUAUAUAUAUAUAUAUGUGUGCAACUGACAUAUUUUGGGGGAACAACAAACUUGGCGGGGUUCCAUAAAUUAUAUUUUUAUACACAGAAUUGUAAAUUAGAUUUUGACAGAUCGCUACCGAAUUUGAAAUAGUGUAAAGAUAUGAGAAUAUAUUUUAAUUUAAAUACGAUAGUACUGGGAAAAGUGUUGGAAAAUUACACAAAAAAAAAAAAAAAAAAAACUUGUACUUUUUGAGGGUUGCCAGAGAAGGACAUAUUCUGCCUCAUGUUUGCAUUUUUAUUGUUUGUUUGUUUGUUUGUGUUUUGGCCAUUAUUAUUUUUUCCACCGAGAAAAACAUGAAAUGCAGAAUCUGAAAAUUCGGCAACAGCUACAAGUCGUGCUGUUUCGUUAAAUAAAUUAAUAAGGAAGUCAUGUAAAUGUACUAAAAAUGUAUUUUUCGUUUUUCUCCAUAUUUGUAAGGCUAAUAAUCAUAGGGAAAUAGCUUAGAAAUGCGGCAGAUGCACAGUUUGGAUAGUAUAUUAUAUAUAUAUACAUAUAUGUAUAUGUAUAUGGACAGAACAUACCAGUUAACUUUCAUAACAGGGCGAUGUGUCGACAAAAAUGUCUAGAGUUUAUUAUUUAUAUGUUUAUUACGAAAAUGAUAAAGAAAAUGUGUUUAAACUUGGGAGUUAUGUCUUUGUUUGAUUCUAAUGGAGCGGGAACUGAAUC